GGGUUUGGUGAAGCUGUGGAGCUCCCUGACUCUGCUGGGCUCCUACCAGAACCAGGCCUGUGCCUUCAGAGUGCUGCAGGUGUCUCCAUUCCUGCUGGCACUGACAGGAAACAGCCGAGAGCUGCAGCUGGACUGAAGGAGGAGGAGCAUUGUUUUCUUCAGGAUGAGUUUCAUAUGGAGGAGUGUCUUUAACAAACCGCGGCUCUGCCUCUCUUCCAUCGCAGCGGCUCUUCCUCCCUGCCGUCUGCUACACGUCGGUCAGCGAGCCUCCCUCACCAAAGCCUUCUCCUCCCAUGAUGUUGAGCUGUUUGCCAAGUUGACGGGUGACAAUAACCCCCUCCACCUGGACCCAGUCUAUGCCAGCAGCACUUCCUUUGAGGCGCCCAUCGUCCACGGCGUCCUCAUCAACGGCCUGAUCUCGGCUGUGCUCGGCACCAAGAUGCCCGGCCCUGGCUGCGUCUUCCUGCAUCAGGAGAUCCGCUUCCCAGGGCCGCUGUAUGUCGGCGAGGAGGUGCUUGCCGAAGCCGAGGUCCUCAAGAUCAAGAUGUCCUUCGCUUUGAUCACCGUGAAGUGCUCAGUCAAGGACAAGGUGGUGAUGGAGGGGGAGGUCAUGGUGAUGAUGCCUGAGGAUCAGCAGAAGAGGGGGUGAGAGGAGAGGGGGAGGAGGAGAUAGUGAGUCAGAGGUCAGAUGAUGUGACAGUUUCAGUGUUACUGCAGCACACUGUGCAGCUCGGCAUCUCCUGAAGUAAGUUUGCUUUUUUUGCUUAUGUACUUGAACCGUGACGACAAGAGGUGCUUAUGGACACUUACCAGAGAGACAUGUCAGUUAUCUGAUGGUUUGUCGUUGAGUGUUCGUACUUUGUCGGCUCUGCUCUGUAUUUUGUUAAAUGUGUGAAACUUCUGUGUGGAAGAAGAAUUUUUUUUUUGUUGAGCAUUGAAUUUGUUCAAUCGAUUUAUGUCUCAUCACAGUGUAAAUACAGCAGCGUUUUUUCA